UGCAUGAGGACGUUGGUUUUAUGUAAGUAACAUUGAAUCCUCAAAUUAACGGUUUAUUUUUAACAAAUUAAAAAACACUUCUGCUUAUACGUUAGUGUAUUGCACAUGGUUACAUUUUUCAACAUUUGUGGACAUUUAAAAAAAAACCUGACACGAUGUGGUCGAAAACCGUCACUUUUACUGCAUUUCUAUGGCUGCUGGCCUUCGCAGAUUUUCAAUUAGCGUCCGCCGCCCAAGAUGCCACGCACGAAGAUAUAAGAACGGCAAUAUAUUCAUUCGCGCACUCGUUGCGUGAUAAUGUGGACAAAUUGGAGCGACACGAACGGCGAGAGAAACAAUCGGGUGAUCAAAUGCAAAAUAUGCUGUUGACGAUCGUGAAUAAGCAGAGAGAGCAAAAUGCAGAAAGCAAAGGACUCGAGAUGGCUAUCAAAGGACUAGAAGAAAGUAUGAGUGCAUUGACGAACGCAGAAACAGAAGAGACUGCCGAUAGAAAAGACACGAAACUUAUGUUAGACAACUUGGAUAGGCGCAUCGCUUCUGCUGACUCCGAGUUUAAGUCUAUUUUAAAAGCAGAACAGCAGUCUUCGAACCAGCUGUACCAGUCGUUCGACGACAAGCUGACCGCCAUGUCGGAACAAAUCAAUGGGCUACAGUCCCGAUUCGAUUCUCUGGAACGAGCUCCCAAGUCCACCGUGACAAACGAUGUCAUCUUUGAACUACUGAACAAAAUGAUGAUCGACCAGAGCUCACAGAACCACGUCACGGUGUCGGAGCCAUCGAACGCCACGGCUCAGUUGGUACAGGAGACCAGGCACGUGAUCUUGGAGGCGGUCAAGUCACUGUCGGACAGAAUGGACGAUAGCGACCGGAAACAAGCGGCGUCGGAUGCAAAACUGACGGAAGUGGCUAAAUCGGCUGCCGCGUUCCAGGACGACGUGCAGAACAGCUUCCGGUUGAUGUCGAACGAGGUGAAGACGCUGUCAGACGUGGAGAAAGUGCUCGUGCAAACAGCCGACAACGUGCUGGACACUAAGCGGAGGAUCGAGUACGGCACGCACCAAAUACUGAUGGAAGUGACGGCGGUGAUCAACGACCGGUCGAAGGAGCUGAACAACUCGGUAAAUGCCGGCCUGGAACUGGCGGUGAAGACCGUGCUGGACGCCCAGUCCGUGGGCAUGGCCAACUUGAGCGUGAAAAUCGAAACGGAAAUCAGUCAGGUGUGGAGGCAGAUCGGUAUCAUGUACCAGACGCUCACGGACUCGGCGUCCACGUUGGCUACGCUCCAGCAGCAAACGGAUAUGUUCGUCAACAGCACGGCCACUUCGGUGGACGGCAUGAACGGCAAAGUGUCGGCGAUCGCCGGCCGCAUGACCGAGGUGGACGAGAAUCUCAACUACUUGCUCGGACGACUUUCGCUGGUCACGCAGGAGUUCAAAGAGAUCAAAGUCGGGCUAGGUGAGGCGCUGGAGAGCAUCAGGGUCGGACUGCAAGCAGUCCAAGGCAACAAGGAGGCAGUGGACUUGGGACCUGGUCCAAACCCCAUCGACGAAGAACUCCAGUCGGAAAAUCUCAAUCCGAACGUAUUGUCGAAAACCGUUUACACGGUCACAUAGACCCAUUCAAUCGCAAUUAAUAAUAUUAUUAUUAUUAUAAUAUUACAAUAUUA